GGGGGUAGGGCCUGUGGAUAAGAUGGCGGAUGUAGAAGGCGAUGAAACUCGGUCGGCUCUCCCUUCAUCGUCCCGUAACGGCCCGGUGGUCGGUGUGUCUGCGGGCACACCGGGCCAGACUGCAACCACGGUAACGUCCGGUCCACGGACGGUCCGGAUCGUCAAAUCCGAAUCGGGCUACGGCUUUAAUGUUCGCGGUCAAGUUAGCGAAGGAGGACAGCUACGGAGCAUCAACGGGGAACUGUACGCUCCUCUUCAGCAUGUCAGCGCUGUUUUGCCCGGAGGGGCAGCAGACCGAGCCGGGAUUUCUAAGGGUGACCGCAUCCUGGAGGUUAAUGGGGUGAGUGUCGAGGGUGCUACCCAUAAGCAGGUCGUGGACCUGAUCCGCGCUGGAGAGAAGGAGCUGGUUCUGGCGGUUCUGGCUGUGCCGUCCCAGGAGGCUGAUGGAUUGGAAGGCGGAGAGGAUAUCCAACCAAACUAUGACUACAGUGACAAGCAGGCCGUGCCCAUUUCCAUCCCCACAUACAAACAUGUAGAGCAGCACUCCGAGAGAUUUGUGGUGUACAACGUGUAUAUGUCAGGCAGACAGCUGUGCUCAAAGCGCUACCGGGAGUUUGCCAUACUACACCAGAACUUGAAGAGGGAGUUUUCCAACUUCAACUUCCCAAAACUUCCUGGCAAAUGGCCCUUCUCUCUUUCCGAACAGCAGCUGGAUGCUCGUCGUAGAGGCCUGGAAGAAUACCUUGAGCGAGUUUGCUCCGUGCGGGUGAUCGGGGAGAGUGACAUCAUGCAGGAGUUUCUCUCUGAAUCAGAUGAGAACUACAAUGGAGUAACAGAUGUAGAGCUGCGAAUAGCCCUGCCAGACAAGACCACCAUCUCCGUCAGAGUCCGCAAGAACAGCACCACAGACCAGGUGUACCAGGCAUUAGUGUUGAAGGUUGGAAUGGACAGUAUUAUGGCCAGCUACUUUGCCCUGUUUGAAGUCAUCAACCACUCAUUUGUGCGGAAGCUGGCACCUAAUGAGUUCCCUCACAAGCUUUAUGUGCAGAACUACACAUCGGCAGUGCCGGGGACGUGUUUGGCACUCCGCAAAUGGUUGUUCAGCUUCCAGGAGGAGGAGUUACUCAGAGAUAACCCGCUGGCACUACACUACUGCUUUCACCAGGCACUGGAUGAUGUGAAGAAGGGAUUCAUAAAAACAGAGGACAAAUCCUACCAGCUGCAGAAACUGGCAGAGCAGCGCAAGAUGGCCACGUACCUGAGCCUGUUGCGGUCAUGUGAGGGCUACAACGAACUGUCGUUCCCCCACUGCCCCUGCGACUCCAGGAGGAAGGGACACGUCAUCACAGCUAUCAGCAUCAAUCACUUCAAGCUGCACGCUUGUACUGAGGAUGGCACACUGGAGAAUCAGGUGAUCGCUUUUGAGUGGGGGGAGAUGCAGCGCUGGGACACUGACGAGGAGGGGAUGGCUUUCUGUUUUGAGUACGCCAGAGGAGAGAAGAAACCUCGCUGGGUCAAGAUCUUCACUCCAUAUUUUAACUACAUGCAUGAGUGCUUCGAGCGGGUCUUUUGUGAGCUGAAGUGGAGGAAACAGGUUGAAGAAGAGGCAUCUGACAAAGACAACAAAAACUGCAGUAACACUGAGUAUCUGCCUCCUCUGGAGACACAGCAGAAGGGAUGGCGCCACCUAGGGGGGGAGAUUGCGACUUCCUAAAACUAUUGGUCUUCACUCCAACUAGAACUGGUCCACUCGCAUCAUCACAGCCACUCCAGAGAGCGCCCAUCGACAAACACAGAACUGAGUGACAGACUGAGGCGAUCCAUGCCCCGAUAACAAACUGGAAUUGACCAAUUUGGGAAAUUGGAAUAGUCACACUUAACCAAACCCAGGGAUACACACAGCAAGAAGAGCAAUGAAGGAAAAUAAACAAAAGCCAACAUUCAUGUCAUUUACUAGAUCUCCAUAGGGUGUCUGUUGUUUUCCUCAAUGCAUUCGCUCCAUGAUGUGGAGCAGGACACAAGCAAAGUCUCGCUAGUGGUUGAGAUGUAACAUGAAGUGUGUGACUGGUUAAGGUUACCACAGCGCUGCGGCAUCAUUUGCGCAAAAGGGAGCACCUUGAUGAAACGCCACUUGACGAAGGAGCUGACAUGCGGGAUGGGACUGUGACAGUCAGUUCUCCAACACGAUCUGCUCAGUCUAAAGCCUUCAGCUUGGCCCUCUGCUGAACUAGAACUGAGACGACGGAGAUGUAGAUAAGAAGGGAGGGAUAUAGGAAAAAGGGGGUUUUCACGACCCUUUUCACAGGCAGUGAUACAGAAAGAAAGCAAAAAUCUUGCUUUACACAGAUGCUGGAUAUUAACAAAAAAAAUGAUGUUUUCUAUUUGUGGGGUCAGAAGUAUUCUGUCUUUGUCAGAAAACACAAGCGAUGCAAAUGUAACUAACUGACAACAUAAGGGGGACAUGUUCAUAAUUAUGUGUAUGUUUAACAAUCUUAUUUCUGAUAAAAUAUAGAUUAAUAUAAGACCUAUAAUUAUUGGUUUCUUGAUCUAACACGAUGAAAUACUAACUGAGUUGCAUUCAAGCACCAACUAAUCUCCAUGUUUCGCCUCGUUUUCUGGUCUAACUACUUCAGAACGACGUCUGUUGGCAGUCAGCCGAUAAUGUCAGUAUCUAUUUAUCCCCCUCGAAAGUGUUAUAUUGUGGUGAUUUCGCAGACCUUGGAAGUUGAGAGGAAGAAGCGUUCUCUUUCUCAAAUCUGUGCUGGGAUAUCUUGAACAAAAGGUUGUCAGGCUAAAGGGUUGAUGCUUCUGAAAUAUCACACAGUCCCCGUGGGGAAUCUGACAUAUUGCAACCACAAGGAGAAAACAGCAAAGUUUUUAAGAGUAUCGUCUGUCUAGCUGCAGUUUUCUGAGCCGGCAGCAGAGAGCAGCAGAGUGUAAGAGAGAUUUAGUUGUAGGUUUUGAGCAGGAAGAGAAAUUGUCUCAGAGCUUCUUAAAGAGUGAUCCCUCGGGCUUUGUAAGUCACCCACCAAAGUAUCACUCUUCUGCAGUAUGUCCAUUAACCACGUCAGGAGGACAGAUGGUGUGUGAGUGUGUGUGUGUGUGUUAUACAGACAGUUGAUGGUGCAUGAAGUUGUGUGACUGCGACCACAGCCAUCAGCAUACAUAGCAAUGCAGACAGCAUAGCUCACCUACAGAAUACAGGACACAGUAUUAUUUGUGUGUUUAUGCACAUGACAAAAAAUGAUACAACAGUUUUACGGACAUUUAAUUUUUUUCAUACAGAGAAAACAGGGUUAAUUGUGGGUUCAUUUGUCUCAUUUUAAAUGCGUAGAGCACAUAUUAGUUCAGUAAAGGUUUACAUCCUGACAGAAAAUGGAGACAUUAUGUGUAAAUGUAUUGAUUU